AAGAAAUUUAAAUUUCCCGCGCUCCUGUAACCUUAACCACACCACCUAACCCUUGUAAUUUGACAUUUACGACAUUCGGACAACGUGAAAAUCACAAAGUUGAAUGUUAGAAUCAAACACAAAAUUAAACAGUGUUUUAAGGGCAAGAAUACAGGAAUAAAAGAACAAUGCCGGCCGUCCCUGGAGGUGUUUAUCAACAAGGCCCUUCGUGCUUCGAUAAAAUGAAAAUGGGUUUUUUCCUUGGGUUUUGUGUAGGAAUGGCAAGUGGAGCAUUAUUUGGCGGUUUCUCGGCACUAAGGGGCGGUUUAAGGGGCAAAGAACUAGUUAACACCGUUGGUAAGGUCAUGAUACAAGGCGGAGGAUCUUUUGGGACAUUCCUGGCAAUUGGAUCUGGUUUGAGAUGUUAGCGUCAAACAAUACUUCAAGAAGAGUGUCACUUAUGUCUUGCAAUUAUUCUAGUUAUGUAUAUUUAUUAAUCUAGUUGUUUAAAAAAAAAAUUGUGACGACAAAUCAA